AUUUGUUUACAAGCAAACAGUUUUUGGAUCUGAGUACUAGGCUUAAUAUAUAGCACUUUCGGUCGACGGAAAAUUUAGUGCGUCUGAGUACUUGGCUUUAAUAACAUAUCGAAGUUCGUGUUUUUUUCAAUCACCAUCGAUAGUAUCGAAAAUGUCAAAGAAGUUUUGCAUCGCUACAACUCCUUGCUUAAUGAAUUCGAUUUUCUUUUCUUUAUUUACAUCUCAUUUCAAAAAUAAUCAACAGGCAGUGUUAAAAUAUUUAGGUCAUACGAUCAUUGUAUUAUUGUAUUUUUAAUUUUUUUAAUUGUUCAUAAACAAUGUUAACAUUUAAUGUCAAACAGCGCGUGUAGUUAAAAAAAAGUGCCGGGUUGUAAAGCGUUUUCAACACUCACAUAAAUACAAACAAAACAUUAGCAUAUUUUUGCUCUUUUUUGUUAUUGAAACGAAAGCGGCCACGAAGCUGUGACGUUAUGGUACUUGAUGGAUUAUUUUCAUUAGUUUUAGUUGUAUAUAAUAUGUGUGCAACAUUCUUUCUGUUAUGUUAACAAAUUCAAACCAAGAAAUUACAAUGUUUGCAUCAGUGUCAUGUCUAGAUGAGAUACAGCAACUUGAAGUACUGUGCAAACAACUUUACGAAGCUACAGAUGUUUGCAUUCGUGAAGAUGCAGAGAAAGCCCUUGCUACAUUUGUAAGUAGCCAAGAUGCGCUACCCAAAUGUCAACUUCUACUAGACCGAGCAGAUUCUAGUUAUGCACAGCUGCUUGCCGCAUCCACACUUACAAAACUAAUACAGGGACUCACGCUUGAGCAAAGAAUCGACAUUCGUAGCUACGCAUUAAACUACUUGGCUACUAGGCCUAAUUUGCAGCAUUUUGUUAUUCAAGCUUUGGUUACACUUCUGGCCAAAAUUACAAAAUAUGGUUGGUUCGACACUUACAAAGGUGAAUUGAUCUUUCAAAAUUUAUUAGAAGACGUAAAAAAGUUUUUGCAGGGGUCUGUGGAGCACUGCACAGUUGGCGUUCAAAUCUUAUCACAGUUGGUAUCUGAAAUGAAUUCUAUUGUGGAGUUAGAUGUACACUUGUCCUUCUCAAAGAAUCGAAAGAUAGCUACAUCCUAUCGUGACCAGCAACUUUACGACACAUUUCUACUAUCUUGCUCACUAUUGAUAACAGCACGUGAUAACAGCAAGAACCUUAAAUUUAUGGAUGAAUCGCAGAAAGCGUUGAUAUCUCAUGUGCUGCGACUGACGAAAAAUUGUUUAAGCUUUGAUUUUAUUGGAAGCUCAACAGAUGAAUCUACCGAUGAUAUGAACAACGUUCAGAUUCCAACAGCCUGGCGGCCUGCGUUCCUGGAUUUAAACACACUGAAACUGUUUUUUGAUUUAUACCAGAUUCUUCCAAAUGGUUUAGCUAGCUACUCCAUAUCUUGUUUGGUUCAAAUGACCUCUGUGCGUCGAUCGCUUUUUAGUAAUACUGAAAGAACGAAAUUUCUCACACAUCUAGUUGAAGGAGUAACAAAUAUUUUGACAAACUUGCACGGUUUAAGUGAUCCAGAUAACUAUCACGAAUUCUGCCGCUUGCUAGCUCGACUUAAAUCAAAUUAUCAAUUAGGCGAGCUUAUUGCCGUUCCUUGUUAUCCAGAAGCUAUCGAAUUGAUAGCGAAAUUUACUGUGCAAUCAUUGCAUUUGUGGCUUUUUGCACCAAACAGUGUGCACUACUUGCUUACACUUUGGCAACGUAUGGUUGCUUCUGUACCAUAUGUAAAGUCCCCGGAUCCGCAUUUACUAGGUACAUAUACACCAGAAGUUAUUAAAGCUUACAUCGAGUCGCGCCUAGAUGCUGUUCCUUUAAUUGUAAGGGACAAUCUAGAGGACCCACUGGAUGAUCUGUGUAUGGUGCAGCAACAGCUUGAGCAACUGUCAGUUAUUGAGCGGUGCGAGUAUAAUAAGACUUGCAGUCUUCUUGUGCAGCAUUUUGAUCAAAAGGCACGUGAGUAUGAAAAUCUUGUACAGACGUCCAACGCUAAUCCCAUAGAUAUAACUGUGCAUGAGCUACAGUUAACUUGGUUGGUCUACAUUAUCGGGUCGGCUAUUGUUGGUCGCCUUUCUGUUACGACUAGCGACGAGCAUGAUACUAUGGAUGGAGAGCUUGUCAUUAGAGUGCUACAACUAAUGAGUCUGACAGAUGCACGUUUGCCUCAGGCUGGAUGCGAAAAGCUCGAGCUGGCCAUGUUAAGCUUUUUGGAUCAAGUUCGCAAAAUGCAUAGUAGCGAGCAAGCACAAAAAGCGAAUGUAUAUAAGAGACUGACUGAAGUUUUCGGACUUAGCGAUGAGCAAAUGCUAUUAAGCUUUAUAAAUCGUAAAAUUAUUACCAAUUUAAAGUUUUGGGGGCGCUCUGAACAGAUUAUAACUAAAACUCUGAUGUUACUUUCGGAUCUUUCUGUGCACUUUAAUUCAGUGCGUAAGCUUGCACGCUUAGACGAAGUGCAAUUCAUGCUGACACACCAUACAAGCGAACAUUUCCCUUUCCUAGGAACAAACUCUUCCCUGAGUGAAAUGCGAUGUCGCACCAUGUUUUACACAUCUCUAGGCCGAUUGUUAAUGUUUGAUUUGGGAGAAGAUGAAGAACGUUUCUAUAAUUUUUUGACGCCUUUGACAAAUCAAUUUGAAAACCUUGGAACUGUGCUGAUGGAUGCUAAUAGUUUUCCUAAUGACGAGGCUAAGAAAGCAAUUAUUGGAUUGGCACGAGACCUACGAGGAUUAGCCCUGCCACUAAAUGCUCGUAUUCAGUAUACCAUGCUUUUUGAAUGGCUCUACUAUACAGACUACUUGCCCAUAUUGCUGCGUGCAGUGGACUUAUGGGCUCAUGAUCCCGCAGUAACCACACCCGUUCUAAAACUUUUCGCUGAGCUGGUACAUUGUCGAACGCAACGACUGGCUGGAAAUGUAUCCAGUCCUAUGGGAAUACUGCUGUUCCGGGAGGCUUCAAAACUUAUUUGUAUAUACGGAAACCGUAUUUUACAAUUAGAGGUUCCACGUGAUCGACUCUACCCAAUGAAACUAAAAGGAAUAGCAAUAUGUUUUUUAAUUUUAAAGAACUCACUUGGUGGAAACUAUGUUAACUGUGGCGUUUUCAAAUUGUAUGGAGAUGAUACACUGGACAGCGUUCUUAAUAUUGUUGCUAAGUUAAUACUUUCUAUACAACAAAAUGAUUUACUUGAAUAUCCAAAACUGUCUUCUGCAUAUUACAAUUUAUUAAAUUGCCUUUCUCAAGACCAUGUUACAUACCUAGCCGCUUUGGAGCCAUGUGCAUUUGUAUAUAUAUUGGAAAGCCUUACCAAGGGCCUUGCUGCGCUAGAUUCUGCAAUUUACAUAAGCUGCUGCACAAUUUUAGAUAGCAUCGUUUCAUACAUAUUUAAGCAACUUCAGCUGAAAGUUUCCACAUUCCCGAACAAAAAGCUUCGAAGUUUGACACAGGAAAACGAAAAAUUUCUUAAGGUCGUUGAGAUAAACUCUGAAUUGCUUCAGAGUAUGAUGUCUUCCUUAUUAAACAAUGUUUUGGCCGAGGAUUGUCGAAAUCAGUGGUCCAUGUCACGCCCAUUGCUGGUACUAAUAUUACUUUACGAGGAUUUUUAUAGGUCCUUAAAAGAGAGCAUUAUAUGUGGGCAACCAGUUGAAAAACAGCACACAAUGGCUCAGUGGUUUGAUGAUUUGAUGUUAGGAAUCGAGCGUAAUGUUUCCAGUAAAAAUAAGGAGAAGUUUACUCAAAACUUAUCUACAUUUCGUCGGGAUGUAGUUAACCUGCCAAAAACAAUGGCAUAUUCAACAGAAAACUCCUACCAGGCCUACACAGAAACAAACUACUCAAUAUCAGUUUAGAUGUUCGUUAACUAAAUUUAUUCAAAAACAAAUGCCUACUUUUAGAUAUACAAAAAUGUUCGAAAUUUUAAUGCAUACAAUCAGUAAAAAAAAAUUGACUCAGAUAUUAUUGAACUAGUUGCGAAUGAUAGCUUUAUAAGAAAGGUUUAUUAUACAUCAAAGUUCAAUUAACUGGGUCGGAAUAAUUACCAGAAACAUUAUAUUUUUUGUAUGAUAAUAAAAUGUAUGUAUGUAGUGCAAUGUA